GCCUGUUGAACGGUGCCACUUAGAGUUCGAGAGUUGUCGAGGAGAGUCCGAGGAGAAGUAGUCCGCUUCUCUCGGUCCGCUCACAGCACACCGGUUGAUUGUGGUUUCCGGUAAUCAACCGGAGGCCCUGAGGGCACAACGGGAGCCGAGGAUGGGGAGCUGCAUCCGGCGUUGAGCUGCGUUUCUGCACGUUUGGGUAUGAGAGGACUUCGCUACUGAUCCGGGACCCGAAGCGUUCUGCGGAGCAGCCAGGGUGCAUGAUGGGAUCUUUUCGGCGGCCCAGGCCUCGGUUCAUGAGUUCUCCAGUUCUGUCGGACCUCGCCCGGUUCCACGCCAGUUCUCCGUCGAUGCAGAUCUCCAACGCCAGCGUGUGGAACAGUGUGCAGUCAGCUGUGAUCAAGGUGUUCCAGGGUGGAGAGCUGCAGACUAACGAGCUCUACACUCUUAACGAGAGCAUCAGGUGGCUCCUCAAGACAGAGAUGGGCUCCUUCAUCACUGAUUACUACCAGAACCAGCUGCUGACUCGAGGUCUCUCUGAAGUCCUAGACCGGGUCCUGCUUCACUCUGGUGACCAGGUCCUUGUGGUCCUCGCGGAUAUGUGGGAUAGGUUCUUCACGGAGAUCCUGCCGACCCUGCAGGCCAUCUUCUAUCCGGUCCAGGGUCAGGAGCUGACAGUGAGGCAGAUGACCCUUUUGGCCUUCAGAGACUUGGUGCUGUUGAAGCUCCAGCUGGAGGAAACGUUGAGAACUGCAGCCUCCGUCCCUCCAGCUGUCACUCAGAUGCUGCUGGUGCUGCAGGGCAUCCACCCGUGCGGGGCUCCCAGUGUGGAGGCCCACCAGCUGGAGGUCCUGGUGGAGGUGUCGGUGUCUCCGUUCCUCGGCCGUCUUCGGCCCCCCAGCAGCCUUCUGGAGUCUCGCCACCUGUGGUCGUCGGGGUCGUUGCCAGGCGACGGCGUCCAGCCGGAGAUCAACGUCACUCGGCACCACGCCUCCUCGGACUCCUCGUCGCUGGCCCCGCUGGUGGAGCAGGAGGGCGAGGCCUACCUGGAGAAGGCUGGCGGCGUGCGGCGCCACACGGUGGCCAGCGCACACUCCGACGUGCGCCUGCUGUCGGCGUCCGGAAGGAUGCAUGCUGGGACGAAGGAGGGGGGCGGGGAGUUCCUGGGGGGGGGGCAGCCGAUGGGUCCGAGGACCUUCUCGGGACAGCUGGACAUGGUGGAGUCUCCGAGGGAAGGAGUCAUCGGCGUACCUCACAGCUGAUGAGAGGACGAGGGAGGAAGAGCCAACAAGACCACAAUCUGCAAGACGUAAGGAAGCAGGAAGUAAAGCAUGGCACCGGACAGGAAGGAUGUGACCCA